AUGUGGGUGCCACCAAAUGUGGCCAGUGCUAUCGUUGAAUUCAGUGAAAAGGGAAAGACCUAUGGGCAGCUGGCUUGGUAUUACGCGCCGCCCUUUGUAUUAUUCUGGUGCGGAUUAUUUUUUGCUGUAGUUCUGCCGCUCUUCAACUAUCUACCAACUGCAAUAAAAAUCAACGAGGAGUCCAACCGUCCGGGACAAUUUGUGGCAGAACGAGCAGAGCGCAUAUUGCUAGAGUUUGAUCGAAUGGGGCCGAAGAUUGUGGGCGACGAAAUGAAUGAAAAAGUAAUGGUACAGUUCUUGCUCAAUGAAAUUGAAAAGGUUCGCGCCGAAAUGCGCGACGAUCUCUAUGAACUGGAGGUUGAUGUACAGCAGGCAUCUGGCGCGUAUUUGCAUUGGGAAAUGGUAAACAUGUACCAGGGUGUGCAGAACGUAAUCGUCAAGCUGAGCACGAACAGUUCCAAUAGUACAUCCUACCUACUAAUCAACAGUCAUUACGAUAGCAAGCCCGGAAGUGUGGGUACGAGUGAUGCCGGCCAUAUGGUGGUCACAAUGCUGGAAGUGCUGCGUCUAUUGACCAAGUCAGAGGAGAGCUUUCUACAUCCUAUUGUGUUUGUCUUUAAUGGCGCUGAGGAGCAACCCCUGCAAGGUUCGCACGCUUUUAUAUCGCAGCAUAAAUGGUCCGCAUACUGCAAGGCGUUGCUUAAUCUAGAUUCUGGUGGUUGUGGCGGACGUGAACUUCUAUUUCAAGGCGGACCGAAUCAUCCUUGGCUAAUGAGCCAUUACAAGAAGAGUGCCAGGCAUCCUUUUGCUACAACAAUGGCUGAAGAGAUUUUUCAAGCGGGCAUUAUUCCUUCAGAUAGCGAUUUCAGAAUUUAUCGCGAUUUCGGACCAGUGCCAGGUCUGGAUAUGGCAGGAACCUACAAUGGAUAUGUUUAUCACACUAAGCACGAUCGCUUUAACAUAAUACCACGCGGCUCUCUACAGAAUACCGGCGAUAAUCUUUUAUCUCUAGUGCGCGGCUUCACCAAUGCUGAGGAAAUGUACAAUACCGAUGCACACUCCGAGGGUCAUUCCGUCUUCUUUGAUUUUUUGGGUCUAUUCUUUGUUUACUACAAGGAGGCAACUGGUGUGGCUCUGAAUAUUUGUUUCUCCUUCGCUGGACUUAUCUUGGUAGGUGUAUCACUGUGGCGCAUGGGAAAGCUAUCCGAUCUGACUUUUGGAAAAAUUACCGGCCUAUUUGGGAUCGUAUUUCUGCUGGAGCUGGCUAGUUUCGUUCUGGCCUUGGGUCUACCAUUACUUAUGGCUGUAUUUUACGAUGCUGGCGAUCGCACAUUGACGUACUUUAGCAACAAAUGGCUUAUUAUCGGACUAUAUAUUUGUCCAGCGUUGAUUGGAUUGAUGCUUCCCAUAACACUAUACCUCACAUUCCGACCGAAUGAUAAAAUGUCACAUGCCUAUCAUCUUCACAUGGCUCCUCAUGCCCACUGUGUUCUCCUCGCUUUGCUCUGCAUUAUACUUACAGCCGUUGGUCUCCGUAGUAUCUACCUCUGUAUGAUAUCUAUACUCUUCUACAUUUUCUCAUUGAUCAUUAACUUGCUAACCAAACUGCACGAUCGUGGUUACUAUUGGUCCUUGGUGCUAAGUAUAUGCCAGAUAAUGCCUUUUCUCUACUUCAGCUACUUGUUCCUUGCAUUCCUUACCAUUCUAAUUCCGAUGAUGGGUCGUAAGGGUAUUGGCAUGAACCCUGAUCUCAUAAUUUCCGGAUUAUGUGCUUUGGGCACGAUACUUUCCAUGGGGUUUGUUGCACCGCUCAUCAACGUAUUCCGUCGACCCAAUUCCAUAAUGGGUGGCUUAGCACUAAUUACAUUUAUUUUCUGUAUGAUAUCCGUAUCCGAAGUUGGGUUUCCUUACCGCGCUAAAACGAAUGUCAUGCGCGUCAAUUUUUUGCAAGUUCGUCGAACAUUCUACGAGUACGAUGGAUCUAUAAGCUUAUACGAUUCCGGUUACUACUUCGAUUUCCAGGAUAGACGCAUAGAACAGCCAUUGAUCGAUUCAAUGAACUUUACGGGCCUGAUUGGCAUUAGAGAUAAAUGUGGCUCCCUUAUGAUGUGUGGUGUGCCCUGUUUUAAUCACCGAUGGUGUAAGGCCCGCUACGAUGGCCAUUGGCUGCCCCGUGAAAAGACUGUGGAGGUGCCUGGCACUAGAGCUCUGACUCUUCUUAGCAAAGUGGUGCUCCCGGACGGAAACAAUGUACGUUACGUGUUUAAUCUUUCUGGACCGGCACGCAUGAGUUUGUUUGUUCAACCCAUGAAGGGAUUAAGAAUGUUGAACUGGUCCUUCCUACAUGGAAUGCUCGAACAGCCGGCGAAGUUUAGACCACCCUAUCAUAUUUUCUUUGCAUAUGGCAACGAUGACUCGCCCCUGGAGUUCUAUUUUGAACUAACAAAAGAGGACGGCAAGUUCGACGAACCUGUCUUUGAGAUUGGUGUCUCUGGCCACUACCUAAGUUUCCUGCAUAAACGCGACGCUGAGAGUGAAAAGUUUAUUGCAAACUUUCCAGACUGGGUACAUGCCAUGGAAUGGCCAGCAUCCUAUGAACGAUAUAUAUAUUAA